GCCGAAGUGGCGGCGGAUCUUCGUCGGGAGCUCCCGAGCCCGGUGGCCGUCCGUGUGGAGCCCAGUCAAAGCCAAACGGUGUCCAACGGUGCGGGUGUGUGCUGGCGUUGCUCCUGACGAGUGCUGUAGGUCAUGAUGCUGUCAUGUGCGGCGGAGAGUGUGGCGGCGGUGGUGAUCAAAGCAACCCAUUCCCAGGAGUAAGCAGUGCCUGCUGCCUCAACGGAGAAAUGUUCAGGAAAAUACGGCUGGAAUGAGUCGGCCUGCUGGGAUGUGACGGAAAGUGACAAAUAUUGGAACAGCUGCAGUGUUUAGGCCUGUAAUUUGACCAAGUCACGGUGGAAAUUUGAGCACUGGUGCGGGGAAAAUCCGCUUGCAAGGAGAAAAAGUGUGGGAAAAUGCUCGCGUGCAGGCAGGGCGUUUGUGUGUGUGUGUGUGCUUUGUGAGAGGGUGGGAAAUUUUCUGCGGUGGAAAUGCUGCAAUCGAUACCAAACCCAAAAACGGAUAAAGGGAUUAGCGCUGCAGUUGUGACUGAAAUCGAGAUUUCACACUUUGACGGCUCGCCACUAGAAGAAGAAGCAGAGCAGUGAGUGCGAUUGACAGACAGACUGGCGGCACUGCUGGUGGAUCCCGGACGAAGUUUGUGCGAAAAAUCAUUGAGGAAGGUGUACUGAGAGAUUUGAACUGUUCCGCUCGGAAAAAGGGCUGCAUGUAUACAAUAGUUUUAAAAAUGUGAAACUGAUGUUUCUGGCAACCAAUUAAUCAUAAAAUAUCUGAAAAUUCAGUUGAAAAAAAUCACUCAUUCAAAACAAAAAAAAAAAACAUGAAGAGUCACAAAACCGGCGGCCCAAAAAAGCAAUCAUCCCCCUUCGAGCUUCCCGGCCUGUGCCGGAUUCUGUACCCGAUGGUGCUGCUGAGCGUGUACCUGGUGGACCUGGUUGGACAGGUCGAGGCCAGCAGUGCUGCGGUGGUGGCGGUUGCGGCGACGGCCCCGGAACAGCGGCAGCAGCCACAGCAACAUACCGGGGUCAGCUUCAGUGCCCGCGUCGAGCAGCACAACAGCAACCGGAAGGAGGCCGGUGCGAUGAAGGGAAUCACGCCGCCCCCGGGUGGCCCCGCGGGAGUCGCCGGCGCCGCGGACGACGCCGAGGACACCCCGUACACGGCGGCCAUCCUCGGCACCGACAAUAAGCCCUACUUUGACGACGUCAGCCCGCGGAACGUCACGACGGUGGUGGACGACAUGGCCGUGCUCAAGUGCCGCGUCAAGCACAAGGGCAACCGAACGGUGUCCUGGAUGCGCAAGAAGGACCUGCACAUCCUGACGUCCAGCACGCACACGUACACCGGCGAUCAGCGCUUUUCCGUGCACCACCCGCCGGACUCGGACGACUGGGAUCUGCGGAUUUCGUACGCCCAGCCGCGCGACUCGGGAAUUUACGAGUGCCAGGUCAACACGGAGCCCAAGAUCAACCUGGCCGUGUUUCUGCAUGUCACCGGUGGGUUUGAUUUUUUUUUUUGCAAGCUGAACUGUCAAAAUUUAUUGGAUUUCCCCUUUUCUAUUCUCACAGCUGCUCGGGCUAAAAUCCUUGGUUCCCAGGAGGCUCACGUUCGCAAGGGCAGCACCAUUUCACUGUCGUGUGUGGUCAACUUCCAUGCCCCCUCGAUAACAUGGUACCACGGCACAUCGGUGGUCAACUUUGACUCGGCCCGCGGUGGCAUCAGCUUGGAGACGGAGAAAACGGAAGCCGGGACGAGCAGCCGGCUGCUGCUGACCAAGGCCACCGUCAGCGAUUCCGGCAAUUACACGUGCGUCCCGGCGGGGGCCAUUCCGGCCAGCGUCCAGGUGUACGUCAUAAAUGGUGAACAUCCGGCAGCGAUGCAAACCAGCGGCCAGCGGUCAACCGGAAGUGAGCAACUGUUGCUGAUGCUGCUGGUAACGUUGGCUCUGUUGCUCAACCAAUCUCUGCCGGGUUACUCGACUUUGCCACAACGACGACGACGACCGGGCAUCGAAAUUCCGGCUAGAACAAUGACAAUGAUGGUUAGUGAGCAGCAGCAGCAGUCUUUGUUCUGUAGGUGAUCUUGUACAUAAUCAGUGAGGUUGACUCGAACACAGAAAGAUGCUGUAAGUUUUAAGAUGAAUAAAUUAAUGUUUUAAAAAUCGAACCCG